AUGAACCACUCUUGUCCCUACAAUAUCACAUCGAAGUUUGAGUACACUAACAUCAAAUGCAAUUGCACAGAUCCAAGUUUCUGUAUAAUGGAACACUGCUACAUAAAGUCCAUAAAUCGUACUUAUAAAUACAUUUCCAUAAAAGCGAAGUUAUUGCAAGCUCCAGUGACCAAAUUAAACUUUGCGUUGUACAAACGCCUGAAUGGAUACUUACCGUUUCUUUACAACAUAACAGUGGACUCCUGUCGCUUCCUGAAAAAUACAAAAUCAAAUCUUAUCGCGGAUUUCUUUUACAGCCUUUUGAGGCCUUAUUCCAAUUUGAAUCAUACUUGUCCUUACGAUCAUGAUCUCAUCAUUGACAAGUUACCCACCUCUUUCCUGAAUAACCAAUUAACUCACAUUCUGCCACUUCCCGAAGGCCAAUAUAUGUUGCGGACCAACUGGAUCGCUUACGACAUUCUUCGAGGGAAAAUCGACUUUUAUGGUAAUCUUUCUUAA